AAUGCACUAAAUGGAUUUGAAGUGCGCAUAGCGAAUGUAUUCGAAACCCAAUAGUUUCAUGAGUUCUCGUGUUAAAUAUGUUCAUUCUCAACCGAAACACGGCAGGAUCGAUGCAUCUGCAAACCUAGCUAAUGGCACUUACGAACACUGGCCAAAACCUGUCCUUGAUGAUCACGACCGUCUUAAUCUUGAACUCAAAGAGAAGGUUGAUGGACUUCGUAGUCUUUCAAUAAAAAUAGGAGAUGAAUUACGAUCUCAAAAUAGUUUACUUGGAGAUAUGGCUGGAACGUUUGACCGGUCAGAAGGUGUUCUUCGCACUACAAUGUCUCGGUUAUCCCGUAUGGCUAAACAAAAUAUGUCUUCUGGAUUAUGCUGUUAUUUAAUUGUAUUCGUGUGCAUCAUUUUCCUCAUGUGUUGGUUUAUUCUCCGAUUUAUUUAAUUACCUUUACAAUUAUUGUUGAAGAAACUGUGAUUUUAUUUCUAUAAAAAAUGCAUAUCUAAUCACUAAAUGUUUUAUAUGCAAUUUUGUGUCUGGGUUACAUAAUAUGAUUGCUAAUCGAUAAUAUUCCUUAUCAGUGCAUUUGCGUUAAGUUUUCACAAACUAUUAGUUGGGUUGUUGAAAGCAGUCUUCACAGAAAUAGUGCAAGAUUGACAAAAUCUUGUUGUACGGUUGCUGAAUACUGCUUAAUUGUUUCAAAAAGACAUUGGUUAUUUAAUUACAAUUAAUUGCAUUCAUUCAGUCAAAGCUCAGACAAGAAUAAGAAAUGUAUAAAAUUGUCAUUUUACUGGUUACACUUCGAAAUUUAUCUUAUAAAAUCAUUUCGACGCCAUAGAAUAUGUUAUGACUCCUAUUACUGUUCACUAACCAGUGAGAAACUAAGCUUAUUGCGUAAUUUCAAAAUACUUGUUGUGAUAUGUUAUGGAAUUUUUUGGUUUUGUGCAUAGCAAUCUUGAAAAUCCCUUAUUUUUGAAAACCUGACAAACUAAUCUAGCUUUUGAACAUAAGAACCUAGCGGAUUUCAGAUCUUGUUGGAAGUUUACAUAUCGGAUCGCAUUCCAGAUUAAGAUUCAGAAAUACCUGUUUCUUUAACUGUUACCACAUACCUUGAUUUAAAC